UCCUCUCCCCCCUGAAUAACAUCGGCGCCUCCCAAAAGCGAAACCUCGACGCCACACGCGCGCGCGCCAUCAUGCCUGUAGCCUCCGUCGUGCUCCUCCUCCACCUCCUCUCCAUGGCGGCGGCGGCUACGGCGGCGCUGGCCAUGGACCCCGCCGAGAGGGAGACGCUGCUGCUCGUCAUGGAGGCCGUCUCCUCCGACCGCGAGUGGCGCUCCGUCGGCCCUGACCCGUGCGGCUCCCCGUGGCCCGGCCUCGAGUGCAAGCCUGUGCCGGCCGCCGGGAACGUGUCGUCGGCGGCGGCGAGGCUGCACGUCACGCGGCUGGACUUCGGGGUGGCGCCGAACCCGACGUGCAAGGACGGCGCGGCGUUCCCGCACCUCGCGUUCGCGCUGCCGCACCUCCAGUCGCUGUUCCUCGUCGACUGCUUCAAGAACCCGGCGGCCACCACGGCGUUCACGCUGCCGCCGUCGGCCAACCUCACCUCCUCCCGCCUGCAGCAGCUCAGCGUCCGGUCCAACCCGUCGCUGUCCGGCACGCUGCCGCCGCAGCUGUCCAGCAUCCGGUCGCUGCAGGUGCUGACCGUGUCCCAGAACGCGCUCAUCCGCGGCGAGGUCCCGCAGGGCAUCGGCGAGCUCAAGAGCCUCGUGCACCUCGACCUCAGCUACAACUCGCUCACCGGCACGAUCCCGAGCCGCAUCGGCGAGCUCCGGAGCUUGGUCGGCCUCGACCUCAGCUACAACUCCUUCUCCGGCUCCAUCCCGGGCCAGCUCGGCGACCUCGCCAUGCUUCAGAAGCUGGACCUGAGCUCCAACAACCUCACCGGCGGCGUCCCGGCCACCAUCACCGGGCUGACAUCUCUCACCUUCUUGGCAUUGAGCAACAAUGGCCUAAGCGGCCACCUCCCGGCCGGCCUCUCCGACCUCCUUGACCUCCAGUACCUGAUCAUGGAGAACAACCCGAUGGGCGUCCCGUUGCCGUCGGAGCUCGGCGACAUUGCGCGGCUGCAGGAGCUCCGGCUGGCCAACUCCGGCUACUCGGGGUCGAUCCCGGAGACGCUCGGCCGGCUGGCGAGCCUGACGACGCUGUCGCUGGAGAACAACAACCUCACCGGGAGGAUCCCCGCCGGGCUGAGCCGGCUCAAGCGGAUGUACCACCUCAACCUGAGCAAGAACGGGCUGGACGGCGUCGUGCCGUUCGACGGCGCGUUCCUCAGGCGCCUCGGCCGGAACCUCGACCUCAGCGGCAACCCGGGGCUGUGCGUCGACGGCCGCGCCGUCUUGCAGGCCGACGUCGGCGUCGGCGUCUGCCGCCGCGCCGGCGACGGCGGGGACAUCGCCUCCGUGUCCGCCGCCACCGACGUACUAUCAGUUGGCACAUUGUUCAGGCGAGAUGGACAACUCUGGCUCGCCGGCGGCCGCUGGUCAGCGCUGCUGCUCAUCCGGCCGGUCGCCGUGGCGCUGUGCUGCAGCUGCUGCCUUCUGCUCUGAGCUCGCGGCACGCGCGCGCGUGGUGGUUUGAUCUGUAUGUAACUCUGCUAUGUUAGUGGUAGUAUAACUUGUCACGUUAAUUGCGAGAAUUCCGAGGCAAGGGAAAAGAGUUUGGUAGUGUUGGGGUACUUCUACACUUCUACAGUACUUGGGUGUGGAUUGGAUUGGAUUGGCACGUUGGUUUCAAAUCGUCGCGCCGGUUGUUGGGUUGGGGCCCGGAUUUGUGAUCGGUCAAAGUUAGCGUCCGGGUCCCAGGGGAGUUAGGCUGUGUUUAGAUUCAAGUUUAGAUCCAAACUUUAGUCCUUUUUUAUCACAUCAACCUGUCAUACAUAUAUAACUUUUCAGUCA